ACAUACCAGGAGGGAGCCGAUCGUCUUUACUGAUCGGGAUCUCCCGCUUACCGGUGAAGAUCAUAAUGAUCCAUUGGUUAUCACCAUGGACAUUAAUGGGGUGGAUGUCGCCCGGGUACUUGUUGACACCGGCAGUAGUGUCAACAUCUUAUACCUGGAGACUUUUCAAAAACUCAGGUUGUGUCGGACACAACUUGAACCCCUCAAAACUCCUCUCUCAGGCUUCACGGGAGACACCAUUGAAGCUGAGGGAUCCAUAGUUCUACUGGUCGAACUAGGAUCGGGCGAGAAGAGCGUAUGGAAGAAAAUGCGAUUCAUCGUUGUGGACAUCAAAUGCGUCUACAACGCAAUCCUUGGAAGGCAUGGCAUCAACAAGGUCGGGGCGGUGAUUUCCAUGCCUCACCUAUGCAUGAAGUUCCACACUCCAGGUGGUGUGGGUGAAGUGAAGGGCGACCAGAGGAACGCCCAGGAAUGCUAUGCCCGGGCAGUCAAGAAGAUGACCAAGGGGAUCAACGUCAUCUCCCAAGAAAUUAAAAAGGAAGAUACCCGGGAGAAACUUGAACCGGAAGCCGAAACGGUGGAGAUCGAACUUCACCUGGGUGAUUCAUCAAGGAUGGUCAGAAUUGGAGCAAACCUCCUAGAAGAUCUCAAGACGGAGAUUACACGGGUCCUCCAAGAAUACGCGGGCAUAUUUGCCUGGAGCGUGGCAGAUAUGCCUGGGAUUGACCGCUCAAUCAUCUGUCACCGGCUGGCGGUAAGGGAUGGAAGUCGACCGGUACGCCAGAAGAAGAGGUACCUGGCCAGUGACCGGUGAGACUUCGUCAAGAAAGAAGUGAAGGAUCU